AUGGAGCACCUUCUUCCUCGUGGAAACUCCUCAUCGUUUCCAAGCUCAGCCAACACAGAGCUUCUAUCUCGGACUGGGUUCACGAUACUGGCUGUCAUCAUGGGUACGUUCUCUGGGGCCGGUAUCAUCCUGAACGUCCUGGUGAUUGUGGUGACAGUAAGACACAGACAGCUGAGACAGCCGCUCAGCUAUGCUCUGGUGAACCUGGCUAUAUGUGACCUGGGGGCUGCUGUGUUUGGAGGCAUCCCCACCACAGUAACCAGUGCUAUGGGAUACUUCAGCCUGGGACAGGUGGGCUGUGUGUUGGAGGGCUUUGCUGUGUCUUUUUUUGGUAUAGCAAGCCUGUGCACAAUAGGAAUCAUUUCUGUCGAGCGCUACCUAGUGGUAUGUUAUCCCUUGGGCGGUGUUAUGUUCCAGACCAGACAUGCAAUUGCAGGAGUGGUGUUGUCCUGGGUGUGGUCGUUUGUGUGGAACACCCCGCCUCUGUUUGGUUGGGGAAGUUAUGAGCUGGAGGGAGUUCAGACCUCAUGUGCCCCCAACUGGUACAGCCGGAGUGUGGGGAACAUGUCUUACAUCAUCCUAUACUUCUUCCUUUGCUUUAUUAUUCCAUUUUCCAUCAUCAUGGUGUCCUACUCAAGACUCCUGUGGACCCUCCGCCAGGUGACUAAGCUGCAGGUUUCAGAGGCCGGCAGCACAAACCGGGUGGAGACGCAGGUGGCGCGUAUGGUGGUGGUAAUGGUGCUGGCCUUCCUGUUAACUUGGCUACCAUACGCUGCCAUGGCCCUGGCUGUCAUACUGGAUUCCAGUCUUUAUAUUGAUCCUGUUAUCGCCACCAUACCUGUUUACUUGGCUAAAAGUAGCACUGUCUACAACCCCAUCAUUUAUAUUUUCAUGAACAGACAGUUUCGAGGAUAUGCUGUCCCCACUGUCCUUUGUGGGUGGAACCCAUGGGCUUCAGAUCCCCAAAUUUCCGAGGGUGAGACUACAAUCGCUUCAAUCAUCAAGAGCCAAAAAGUCUCGCCGAAAGAAUCUUCAACUUUGCAACAAGGAAAGAUCAAAAAUACACCUUUGGAGAUACAAUGAAGAUAACAAACUUUAACAGGCGAGGAAUGGUGGAGGUGGCAAAAGUUUUGUGUGGCAUCUUUGUGUUAUUCUCUGAUAUUUAUAUCAUUGAUCAUGAGAUAUUCUUUUUGAUCUUAUGUCAAAAUGUCUUAUGUCAAAAUCACAUAUGUAUAAGCCCAAAGUACUCUAU